CAUGCGUGUGUGUCCGCAGGGCUGCGUCACGGCCUGGGUCAGCUGACCUUCAGCGACGGGACGUGCUACACGGGGCAGUUUGAGAACGGCCUCUUCAGCGGCUGCGGCGCGCUGGUCUUCGCCGACGGCUCCAGGUAUGAAGGAGAAUUCGUUCAGGGUAAAUUUCAGGGCGCCGGCGUCUUCACUCGCUUCGACGGGAUGAGGUUCGAAGGCGAGUUCCGCAGCGGAUGUGUGGACGGAUACGGAGUCCUGACGCCGCUGGACGGGGGCCCCGGCGCCGGGGGCCACGAGGGCCUGUUCGAGACCAACCAGCUGAGGAGGAGGGAGAGCAGCGCGGGCGCCGUGCAGAGAGCGCAGGCCGCCGCCGCCAAGGCCCGAGCCCUGGCCAUGUGAGGCGGACCCCGCCACACACAGAGCCCCCCCCAAGGACCCCCAUGUUACCGUUAUUUAUAAAGAGAUUGGUGUCGACGAUGGGAGAGCUCCAGGUAGACCCGAGUCAGCUAUCAGGCCGGCUGUGAUUGGUCGAUCCUCGUCACAUGACGCACUCUGGAGGGUUUGUUUUCUACCUGGUCAACAGCCUUCGGUUUGGGAGUAAACUUGUCUAUUUUUAACUUGAUAAUGGUUUUAAAACCUCAAAACAAGCUUUACUUUAUAAAUGCAAAACAGGCCUCAGAAAGCAGGGCUUCUUUUUAUUAAUUCACCAGAGUGCACAUUAAUCAACAUUUCAGUUUUCUACCUAAAUGUAAAUGUGUGUCAGUAGUAAUAGAUAAUAGAUAAUUAUCGUAUGCAGUCCCUGGGCAGGUUAAAUGAAGUGGCCUAAUACCAUCAUGCAAAGUACAUUAGAUAUAAUACAUAAUAUAUGACGGCUAUGAGCCCCUCCUUCUGUUUUGCACAGCCUGCAGCCUCAACAGUAAGAUUAAUGCAGGUAUUAUGUGCUGUAUGCAUAAGGGGAGCAUGCGUUUUUAAGAGAAAUCAUCUCUCAGUGAAUAUCAGAGACGCGACAGUUACAUUUACUGCAAAGAUUAAAAGACACUCGGUGCAGGUGAUGAUACAAUUAAGCGAAUUCCUUCCUCCGUCCCGCAAAUGCGAUUCACAAAGACGCGUCUACUUCCUGACGCGCUGCUUCUGAUCUCCGGCCGCCGAGAAGCAGGAGCUGAUUUACACCAGAAGAACGAGCGUUAAAGGCGCCGCUUUGAGAGCUUUGUGUCGUUAAAACCACCAACUAACGACUUUAAAACGCACGCGGUCCGUGUGUGUGGACUGUGUGUGUACACCGUGUGUGUGUGUGUACACCGUGUGUGUGUGUAGUUGUGUGUGUGUCUGUGUGUC